ACAGGAUGAUUGUAUCAUUAGUUGGUGGUCGACUGCAACCACCGCCGGCCAGCUAUGUCACGACUCGAAUUCUUCCUUACGUUGCUGCUACUUCCGCUGCUCUUCUCUCACGGGGAAGCGGCUAGCAUACGGGAGAGAGCAACCGCCAAGAAAUGCGGCUACGAGGCAUGCCCGGUGACAGAUCCGAAAAAGUUAAAUAUUCAUCUAGUAGCUCACACGCAUGACGAUGUCGGCUGGUUGAAGACUGUAGACCAAUAUUAUUUCGGAAGUCGACCACGAAUACAAAAAGCGGGCGUGCAAUAUAUUCUGGACAGCGCUAUCGAAGCGUUGCUGACGAAUCCGGAAAGAAAGUUCAUGUACGUGGAGACCGCGUUCCUAUGGAAGUGGUGGCUGCGUCAAAACAACGAGACCCAGCAAAAUGUGAGAAACCUCAUAAACGAGGGCCGAUUGGAAAUAAUCGGCGGCGGAUGGAGCAUGAACGACGAGGCAGUCACCCAUUAUCAUUCUCUCAUCGACCAGUACUCUUGGGGUUUCAGACGACUGAAAGACGUUUUCGGAAGCUGCGCGAGGCCGCACAUAGGAUGGCAAAUAGAUCCUUUCGGUCACUCCAGGGAGCAAGCGUCGCUUUUCGCGCAAUUGGGAUUCGACGGCAUGUUCUUUGGUCGUCUUGAUUACCAAGACAAGGCGAAGAGGCUCAAAGACAAAACUAUGGAAUUCAUCUGGAAGGGCAGUCCAAGUUUAGGAGCAGAUGCAGACUUGUUUACAGUUGCAUUGUACAAUAAUUAUUCACCGCCACCUGGAUUCUGUUUCGACGUUUUAUGCAACGACGAACCGAUAAACGAUGACCCUAAGAGUCCGGAUUACAACGUCGAUGAAAGGGUCGAAAAGCUUUUGGAGUACGCUCGUCGCCAGGCUUCGUCCUACAGGAGCAAUAACGUUAUUUUCACGAUGGGCGAGGAUUUCAAUUACCAACACGCAGAGAUGUGGUUCACUAACUUAGACAGGCUCAUCAGAUACGUAAGGGAACGAAACAGUUCCGAAGUGAAUAUAUUCUACUCGACACCCUCGUGCUACCUGAAAGCAGUGCACGACGCGAAUCUGCAAUGGCCGACCAAAACCGAUGACUUCUUCCCGUACGCCAGCGAUCCUCAUUCUUAUUGGACUGGCUAUUUCUCGUCCAGACCGGCGAUCAAAUUCUACGAACGAAUGGGCAACAAUCUUUUACAAAUUAGUAAACAAUUAACCGUGCUGGCUGGUUUGACGAAUCGUCAUGAAGAAUUAGAUUAUUUCCGAGAAGCAAUGGGUAUAAUGCAACACCACGACGCUGUAACUGGAACCGAGAAACAAUUAGUUGCUGAAGAUUACGCCCGUAUAUUGUACAACGGUAUGGCGAAUGGCGCGAAUAUCAAUUCUGCGGCAAUAAGACAGUUAAUGAACCAGGCAUCUCCAAACAAAUCGCGAACAGCGGCAGAAAUGUACUCUUGUAUGCAGUUGAACGUCAGUUCUUGUCCAUACACUGAGGACAAAGACUCGAUACUCACCAUUUACAAUCCUUUAAGUUACCCGAUCGACACACCUGUUCGGAUUCCUAUUGAAGAAGACACCACUUACAAAGUUGUGAAUCUUGUAGAUUCGAGCGAGGUUGUUUCGCAAGUCGUUCCUAUCCAUAAACCAGUGCAAAAUAUACCGGGACGAAUAAGUAAAGCGAAGAACGAGCUGGUGUUUAUCGCUAAAGUACCAGCUAUGGGUCAUAAAUCCUACAAAGUCGUGAAAGGGAUAGGGUCCACGCGUCAACAGACGUACGGUGAUGUACCGCGUCUUAUUGGUAACGAGUUUUAUAACAUAUACAUUGACCAGAGCGGUCAGGUCGUCGUAAACUGGACCCAGCCGAAGAAUAUGAAUUUCGUUCAGUCGUUCCAUUACUAUGAAGGUAUGGAGGGCAAUAAUGAGGAAUCUCGGAAUAGGUCCUCGGGCGCGUACAUCUUCAGACCUAAACAAAUUUCUGCCAAAAAUUUCGGGAAGCCUGCAGAAUGGACAGUUCACAUAGGUCCAGUGGUAGAAGAACUUCACCAGACCAUUAACGAUUGGGUUAGCCAAGUAAUUCGAGUCUAUAGGGGCAAAGAAUACGUUGAGUUUGAUUGGCUGGUUGGACCAAUACCUGUUCAAGACAAAAUUGGCAAAGAAAUCGUCACCAAGUAUUCUAGCAGCUUGAAGACUGCAAAAGAGUUUUACACUGACAGCAACGGUCGCGAAAUGUUGAAACGGAAGAGGGAUUACCGUCCAACGUGGAAGUUACAAUUAGAAGAAGAAGUAGCCGGCAACUAUUACCCGGUCACUUCUAAAAUAUCUUUGGUCGAUAAGAAGAAAUCCUUCAGGCUUAGCGCUCUGACAGACAGGGCUCAAGGUGGUACCAGCAUGCAGGAUGGAGAGAUCGAAUUAAUGAUUCACAGAAGACUUCUGAAGGAUGAUGCGUUUGGUGUUGGCGAAGCUCUCAAUGAAACUGCGUUUGGUGAAGGUUUAGUGGUCAGAGGAUCGCAUUACUUAAUUGGAGGUAGUAUAAAGAAUUUGGACGAAUACAUGUUGAAAGAGAAAUCUUUGCAACUGGAAACAUUGCUCCGUCCAUGGACCCUCGUGACGCCAAUCGCAGAGAAUGCUACGGUCGAGGAGCUCGUGCCUCUUCCAGAAGCAUCUGGUCUGGCCAAAGCUUUGCCACGAAAUGUACAUAUUUUAACUUUAGAGCCCUGGACCUACAAUAUUAUUUUACUGAGAUUAGAACACAUUUUCGAAGUCGGUGAAUCCGAGACUCUGUCUCAACCUGUGGAAGUUAAUCUUCGGGACGUAUUCACGAAUUACAAUAUAGUUACCGUCGAGGAGACGUCGUUAGGUGCUAAUCAAUGGAAAGCAGAUAUGAACCGUCUGAAAUGGCAAGCCGAGACGAACGAUGUGCUUCAAUCAAGAGACGCCACAUCCAAUACAGUUCAAGUUGAAGACGAUGCUAUAAAUAUUACUUUGAAGCCAAUGGAGAUAAGGACAUUCCUGAUUACGAUGCUACCGCGCAAACUUUAGUUUAACAAAUUUUCACGAAUCCAUUUUCUUAUAAAAUGGAUGAUUGAAUUCGAGAACAGCUUUGGAGAGAACUAUUGUAGAUAAAAAAUUAUGUAUGAGAAAAUAUCACAGAAAUAAAGGAGGCCAAGGACUUUUUAA